AUGAAAUUUGUAAUUCUUGUAGUGUUUCUUGCACGGGUUGCAAUUGCCAGUAACGCGUCUUGUCGGGUGACGUCACUGAAAUAUGAAGAACAAUCAAACAUAACGCCAAUACUUGAAAAACAUGAAGCACUUCUUUUAAUGUUCCUUGGCUUUGGAGGUCUAUCAAUCACCCUAGGGAUGGUCCACUAUGCAGUUCGCCGAUAUAUCUAUCGUGAUGCACACAGCUUAGAUACAGUUUUUGAUGCUGGUGGAAAAGUGACCUUAGGUCUGACAGCUGUCACAGUAGCGUCGCAACUGUUAUGGCCGUCUGACUUUCUUCAAAGUGCUACAAUUAUGAGUAAGACAGGACUAGGAGGCUCAUUGUUUUAUGCUAUAUCCAUUGUGUUGGAUAUUCUAAUGUUCCCCGUUCUAUCUUUAACAUUGAAGACUAAGGCACCAGGUGCUAAAACUUUCCUUCAGAUUAUUUACGCACGCUUCGGAAAAGAAGCACACAUUGUGUUUUGUUGUAUUGCACUGUUUGCUAAUUUAAUAACAGUGAUGGCGCUUAUUUUAUCAGCUAAAGCCGCCAUUUACGUUCUAGUAAAGGAUGUUUCGGAUGAAAUGAUUCUUCUUUUGUUAGCUUUUCUUUUUGGUUCUUAUUGUUUUAUUGGCGGACUUGGUACUACCUUUUACAUAUCAUAUUUCAACACGGCUUUGACAUUCGUCAGUGUUCUAGUGUUUAUUGUACAUGUAACAUACAAAGAGACUGAUAACAUUUUCACAAAGAAGGAAAAUAUGUAUGAGGCCAUGAAAUGUAUAGAAGGUCCUGAUGGUAAUUUUGAAAACUCAUUUAUGACAUUUAGAUCUCGAGGAGGUGUGAUAUUUGGAAUACUCAUGUUUCUAAUGUCAAUGUCGGUGAGUUUUUUAGACCAAGCAAACUGGCAAAGUCGAAUUGCAGCGAAGCCCUUCCAGGGUGUUGCAGGGUUUUUCAUUGCUGCCUACCUAUGGUUUGCUAUUCCAUUAACGAUAACCAUUACGUCAACAACAGUUUACAUGUCCAUGAGCUAUCAAAAUGGAACUCAUAUGUUGAGCCCUUUGGAUAUAGAUUCUGGAUAUAUAACUCCUUAUGUAAUGGAAUCUGUGAUGGGUAAAACAGGAGCUUACAUGUUGAUUACCAUGGUAACGAUGGCAUUGAUGUCCACAGGUUCUGGUGAAGUAAUGGCCGUGUCAUCGAUAAUAGUUUAUGAUAUUUAUAAAGUUUACAUCAAUCCAUACAGGAAAGGUAUUGAUAUAACGCAGUGUCAAUUGUGUGGGAAAGAAAAGACGCAUGCAGUUGGACCAGAAAAAACUGACCAGAUGUGUAAAUGUCCUUCUGUAUUUACAUGUAAAGCUUGUGAAAAAGAUGGUGUUGUCAGACUGAAGGCUCAGCAAUUUAUGCAUCCCUACGAAUGUAGUGUCCAUGUGUUUAUUAAAUUAUUUUUAUAUUUUGACUUGUUUAGGUAUCGACGAUAUGAGGACGAACUAUUACGCUACAAAAGUUGGUGCAUGAUAUUGGUAAUAAUAGGCAUAGUUCCAUAUGGACUUAUCAUUUUUAACAGUGGUGUAAACUUGAACUGGGUUAUUUUCACACUGCAGGGUGUUCUCAACGCAUUCCCCUUUCCACUUCUAAUGGCUAUUAUGUGGUCAAAGUGUACAGCAAAAGCAGUUAUUACAGGUAGUAUAAUGGGAGUAUUGGCGUAUGUUGCUGGGGUACUUAUUGUAGCCGAGUUAGUGUAUGAAGGAGGGUUAGGUAACUUUCUAACCAAUACUUCCUCAGACUACAGUUUAUUAGGAGGAAUAACUUCUGCUGUGAUCGUGAGUGUCAGUUCUACAAUAAUCAUAUCGCUCUGCACACAUAAUAUCAAGACAAAACAGGAUACUGAAAGGGUUUGGGAUAGAACACUGUCCAUUGAUAAUCCUCUUAAUCCUUGGAGGAACGUUUAUAAAGAAGAACUUGCCAAUAUAAAUGUUCCCGAAGAUAUCAAAGUAGAUACAAUCCAUAUGACCAAAAUAUUCAGAAGCACACGGAUACUGGCAGUAGUAGGUGGUUUGAUAAGUUUUGUUAUAUUCGGAGUUGUCAUUCCUGCCAACGUUUUAUCAUUAGAAGUAUUGACUUUUGAUCAGUUUUCAUCAUGGACAUUUGCCUGUCAGAUCUGGGUAAUGAUUGCUGCUACGUUUGCUAUAGUGGUGCCUCCUGUCGAGGAAAUAUUGCAGAUAGUAAGGUACUAUAACAGGAACAAGUCAAACGAGUUACUUAAUAUGGGGGAAUAUAUUCUUUCUGGAAGUAAAGAAAGCUUAACAGAUACCGAACAUUGAUGUUUUUAUCGGUAAAAAAAUAAAAAUAAAGGAGAUA